CCCAUUUUCUCCGCAAUGGCAUCUAAACCCCAUCGCUGAAACUGUGUAUUGCUACUGAAACCUUCCGAUUUCAAUAUAUAGCCCCCAGUCCUCGUCUGAAUUACUUCUUCCCUCUUUUUUUAACCAAACUGUCAUGACCCAAAAACCCAACCCUGAAGCCUUUCCUCCUGGCUUCUUUUUCAUUCAGUCGCAGAGGGUUCCUACUUUAACCGUCGAUGUCAACGAUGGCUCUAUGAGCGCAGACUCCAAUAUUUUGUUAUGGAAUAAGAAAGAUGUGGAUAACGUAAAUCAGCUUUGGGCAUAUGAGGAUGGAUUCAUUGUGAAUAAAAAGUCAGGAUUAGUUCUGGACAUUAAAGGAGGAGAGGUGAAGGCUGGCAAAAGUAUCAUUCAGUACGCACGAAAGGGCGUUUUGGCAAGGAACCAAGAGUGGCGAUUCCUAGACGGCUUCAUCUGUCCUAUCAGCGACGAGCGUCUUUGCAUUGAUAUCGAGUCCAAUAAUCCCAGCUCCGGGUCCAACAUUGUUCUGGCCAGCAGAAAUAGACAGCGUCCAAGCCAGCUAUGGACUCUGGUGGAGCAUAACCCCCCACAGCUCGCCAACUAUCAUCGGAUGCUGUUACCUUUGACGCCAGAAGCGAAAGGCUCGAAAAGAAGCCGAAAUUGGACUUUCAGCUCUGGCAGAUUGGCAUCGACUUCUAUACAAAGAUAAGGCCAAGGACGUAUCGGAACGACAAAUCGCCGGCGCUGCUGCUUUCGAAGCCAUUCGUCUGUACAUUCAACAAUGCAGAACAAGUAAUCAGCCCAUUAUGACCGAGCAGGCCGGUGCCAGCAUUGGUGCUCUUGUGAGCAAGGAGAUCGCAUCACUUUCCUCAGAACAUAACGCGAGCGGAGAUCAAACGGGUAUUGAAAAAACCGCAAUGGCCGUAGCAGACAGAUAUUUCAAUCGCGAGUACGCUGUCCCCGCGUAACGUAGUAUAUGUGGACACAACUUAAUAUUUGUUAGCAAUAAAGUAAUUUAUGUAAGAAACCGAUU